GGAGGAGGAGGAGGAGGAGGCGGCGGCGGAGGAGUGGUGUGUGUGCGAGCGUGUGUGGCUGGGGGAAGCCAUUGCCUGUUUAAUAGUUGCUGUUGCUGCACUUCCGCUUCUCUCCCAGCGAGAGAGAGACACGAGUGGCCAGGCCCAGCCGCAGCCGCAGCAGCAGCCGCCGCGGCGGCACGGAGGAGCCAGACACAAAGAGAGGGGCUGUUUGCGGGGUGGGGUGGGGGGUUCGCUAUGUCGGAUGACGAUUCGAGGGCCAGCACCAGCUCCUCCUCAUCUUCGUCUUCCAACCAGCAAACCGAGAAAGAAACAAACACCCCCAAGAAGAAGGAGAGUAAAGUCAGCAUGAGCAAAAACUCCAAACUCCUCUCCACCAGCGCCAAGAGAAUUCAGAAAGAGCUGGCGGACAUCACUUUAGACCCUCCACCUAACUGCAGUGCUGGUCCCAAAGGCGAUAACAUCUAUGAAUGGAGAUCAACCAUUCUAGGGCCUCCAGGAUCCGUGUAUGAGGGUGGUGUAUUCUUUCUCGAUAUCACUUUUACACCAGAAUAUCCCUUCAAGCCUCCAAAGGUUACAUUUCGGACAAGAAUCUAUCAUUGUAAUAUUAACAGUCAAGGUGUUAUUUGCUUGGACAUAUUGAAAGAUAAUUGGAGUCCAGCACUAACCAUUUCUAAAGUCCUCCUUUCUAUCUGCUCACUUCUUACAGACUGUAAUCCUGGUAAGGUUGAUAAUUCUUUACCUUGUUUUAUUCUUCCUCACCUGAAAAAUACUUGUUUCCAAAAGCUUUCAAAGGACAAAACUAAUUUUUCUGCACAACUUUGUGAAUAUAAAAACUAAUCUGCUUUUCGAAAGAAAGUUUUAAGAGAAGUUCAGUCUACUAGUUGAGACACACAACUUCAUUAAUCAGUAUAUUCUAGCAACAAGGUACUUUAAACUGAAGACUGACAUAAGUUUGCCUUGGGCUUUUACAGUUUCAAUUAUUCUUUUUUUUCUUUCCUGUUGCUUUAUUUCCCAUAUAGUUCUUAUAAAACAAAUCAUACACUUCUAAAUGUCGAGUCAUCUGCCUGGCAAGCCUCACCUGUGCCUGUGGGGUUCAGUGAGCAUGUGCCCCAUAGCUGGUCACUGAGAUGGCACUCAAUUUUGAAAAUGGUAGUUGUUAAAUACUUAGUGACUAUUGAAUUGUGACGUUUUUGGGACUUCAUUUCAUUUAAAAAAUAUUUUUCUGUAGUCACAGCUACUAGGGUGGCUGAGGUGGCAGGAUUGUUUGAACCCAGAAGGUCAAGGCUGCAGUGAGCCAUGAGCAUGCCACUGCACUGCAUUCCAGCCUGGGUGGCAAAGCGAGACCCUGUCUCAAAAAAAUAUAUAUAAUACACUUAUGUGUAUAUAUAUAUACACACACAUAUAUUUAUUUUAUUUUCUAGGUAAACCAAAUAUAAAUUUAUUAAAGAUCCUAAGAUUCAGAGAAAUACUAUACUUAAUUGGAGGUCCAGGUUUUGCCUGGCAACCUGGCUCUUUAACCAGCGUAAAGGUAAAUAGUGUUGCACUGCAACAGCCCCGAAGACUUCACAGUAUUCACAAUGCCGUAACUGGUGACAUUGAGCUAAGGGUCACAUGAACACAGUUGGAUGUUCAUUGUAGUCUGGAGCCUUGACCGUUCCAGUCUCUACUGAACUCAGCCUAACACAUAAAAGUAAAGAAACUCCAAUCGAGUGUUGUUUGUUGGGAGAAGAAUGGAAUGAACUAAGAUAAAGACAGACCACUACACUAAAGCCUGAGCAUUCCCUCUUCCCCCCACGUUAUGUGUUUUGAAAUUUUGAUGGAAAAAUAUCCAGCAUGGUGGAGUGGUGUUUCGAAGAUGGGUUUGAUCACACAUACUUUGUUGUACAUAUCUACCCAAGCUGUCACUAUUUGCUAAAGUUUAAAAUGUUCUUUUCCUUUCUCCAAAGUAAUCUACAUUCUUUUCUUCCAGCCGACCCCUUGGUGGGAAGUAUUGCCACUCAGUAUAUGACCAACAGAGCAGAACAUGACAGAAUGGCCAGACAGUGGACCAAGAGAUACGCUACAUAAAUUGGGGUUUCACAAUUCUUACAUUAUUUGUCUGUCACAGAAGAGAGCUGCUUAUGAUUUUGAAGGGGUCAGGGAGGGUGGGAGUUGGUAAAGAGUAGGGUAUUUCUAUAACAGAUAUUAUUCAGUCUUAUUUCCUAAGAUUUUGUUGUAACUUAAGGUAUCUUGCUACAGUAGACAGAAUUGGUAAUAGCAACUUUUAAAAUUGUCAUUAGUUCUGCAAUAUUAGCUGAAAUGUAGUACAGAAAAGAAUGUACAUUUAGACAUUUGGGCUCAGUUGCUUGUAGUCUGUAAAUUUAAAACAGCUUAAUUUUGUACAGGUUACACAAAUGGCCAUUUAUGUAAAGUCCCUCUAAGACUACAUACUUUUUGUUUAAAACAAAAUUGGAAUUUGUUUUCCCUUCUUGGAAGGGAACACUGAUAUUUAACAGAGUUUUUAGAGAUUGUCAUCUCAUAUAUAUAAAAUGGACACGUGGCUAUAAAACACCAUAUAGGAGAUGAGUAAUGCGUUUUAUUUUAUAUGCCAAUCUACUUUCUUCAAAAAAAGGUCUGAAUCAGGACUUGUGAAAACCUGUAGUGAAAUACCUUAAGCUGUUAACUGUAAGGCGUGGAAUAGGAGUUGCUCAGUGGAUUGGUUAUAUGUUGUGGACUACUUAAGUCUGCAUUUGUUACUGUGCUAAUAAACAAUAUUAAAAACCACCUAA